AUGGAUGAAUUACGCCAAGCCAAUCAAGAACUUCAUGAUGAAAUCGAUCAAUUGGCUCAAUCAAACAGAGACUAUGAACGCCGAACAUACAAUCUUAAGCGGGAUAUAGUUUUACGUGAGGAAAGAAUUCGAUAUCUCGAGGAGGAGUUAGCAAAUACAAUCAAACUUUCAAUACAAGAAAGGGAGGAAUUGGAAAAAGAGUUAUCAGACCUAAAAAAAAUCGUCUAUUAUCUUAAAAGGGAGAUCGAACAAAAAGAUAAGGAACUUAUUACCAGGGAAAAUCAAUUAGCUGAAUUUGAUAUAAGAGAAAAUAAACUCAAAACCCGAAUUCGAGAAAUAUCAAAAUCUGCAGGUAAUAUUCCUAAAGCAUACAAUCGAACGGUAAAGUUAAUAGAUGAGAAUGAACGUCUCAAACAUGAAAUCGAUACUUUAACAUAUAAUCUUAGAGAUCGAGACAAUAAAUUAGCUCAGAAAAAAACUC